AUGCAUUCAUCUUGCAUCCUACUAUUGUUUUUUAUUCAUUACUUAAUAAUCAAUGCGGAAGAUAAUUAUGUUCAACGAGAAGUGCUGAAUGAACGAUCUGUCGUAUAUUGUGGUCCAACUUCAAACCCUUGUCUUAAUGGAGGAGCUUGUUUAUCAAGCAGCUCAAAUCCCGGAGUUUUCGAAUCAUGCUUAUGCGCUACUGGAUGGACAGGUGCUUUGUGUGAUUAUCCUGACAUGUCGAUUAGCGCAUGUUCGACAAAUCCAUGUUAUAACGGAGGAUCAUGUCAAAUCCAUGCUGGCGGAGGUUUUCGAUGUACCUGUCUUCCUAAUUUCACUGGAUUGCUUUGUGAGGCUAGCAAUGUAGUAGUAUCCAGCGUUUGUAAUCCAAAUCCCUGCGCUAAUGGUCGCUGUUGCCUGCUGUCUUCGUCAAACACUUUCUUUUGCCAAUGUCUUAGGGGAUGGGCGGGUACUUUGUGUGACUAUCCUACUGGUGAGUUAAUAAUCAAAUUUGACCAGUUGUCUAUGAAAUUCUGA